GCAUUUUGAAAACGCAAAGCGCCGACGCUGUAAUCGGCGCAGACGCCAAAUUGGGACGAGCAGGCGCUGGCAGCAGUGCUCCCAAGCGCCACGACCGCGCGCUGCCGCCGCGGCCGCUUGAAAAGACGCCCGCGCGGCAAAACAGCAGCACUGAGCCAUGCUCGUCGGCAACCGCCGCAGCACGGCGCGCGCUUCUGCGGCGCCGUCCCAGCGCGUCACCGUUUCCCUCUACGAGAAGCCGCCCCGCGAGGAGAUGACGCUGGAAGAAUUCGAGGUGUUCGCUGUGGACCGCCUCAAAGUACUGAGGACAAUCGACGCGCUGCGCCAGAAGGGCUUCAAGCCCAAGGAGCUCGAGGCCGAGUUGGCGCCUGUCGUGCGCGAACUCCUGCCAUUAGCAUCAGCAGGACCGCAGGCCCCGUCGGACGCGAGGAAAGACUCGGUCUCGCACUUUAUCUUGAGACUAGCGUAUUCCCGUUCUGAGGAGCUGCGGAGGUGGUUCCUCACGCAAGAAUGUGCGCUCUUCAGGCACCGCUUAAGCCGCUUGAGAGGAGACGGCUUCGCGCGCUUCCUGCGCGAGCACGGCCUCAGGUUCGAAGAAGUGCCCGACAGCGAACGAGACGCUCGCGUGACAUCGUUGGCGAGGAUCAAGAACUACGAGAACGUACCAGCUCAAACGGCGACGUACUAUCGCGUGCCCUUCUUGGAAGCCAUUGACUUGAUAGGGCGGAGAGAAGUAUACUUGGAGAAGGGCUACGCUUAUGUUCCUCAAGCGAAAUUACAUAGCAUCGUCGUAUCUAGAUUCAGAGCGUCACUCUCUCGCUCCCUAGCGAAAGCCUCCGGCUCGCUAGCGGCCGCGGCCGCCGACCCUAGACUUGGUCCACUGUUAACGAACGUCGAGAAACACGACUUGGAACGCCAAGAUGUGGAUGAUGAUGAUAUAGAGGGCAUCACGCCGGAGCAGAUCGACGCCCUGGCGGACCAGUCCAUGCCUUUAUGUAUGCAGCAGUUGCACUACGCGUUGAAGAGAGAUCAUAAACUAAAGCACUGGGGCCGCCAGCAGUACGGCCUCUUCCUCAAGGCCGCUGGGUUGUCCAUGGAAGAUCAAUUGCGCUUCUUCCAGGCCGAGUUCACGAAGAUCAUGACGCACGACCAGUUCAGCAAGGAGUAUGCUUAUAAUAUUCGCCACCGCUACGGGAAAGAAGGUAAAAGAACUGAGUACUCGCCGUACGGCUGCUAUAAAUUAGUGAUGGACAUGGCGCCGGGCCCGGGCGAGUACCACGGCUGCCCCUACCGCCACUUCGACGCGGAUCACCUCGCGGCGGUGCUGUCGAAGACUUCAUUGGAUGCCGGAGAGCAGUCACUAGUAUUAGGCAAGGCCAAGGAGCGCAACUACCAGAUCGCCUGCCAGCGCCACUUCGAGUUCGCGCACAAGAAGCAGACCGUCAACGGCAAGAAGGUCGUGGCCAAUUUAGAUGGAGUGGGUAAUCACCCGAACGCGUGGUUCAAGGCGUCGCGCGUCUACCACCAGGACUUGCACGCCGCGGAACACCCGGAAGAAGCGAAGGCGAAGGAGGAGGAGCGCGCCAAGGGGAUUGCUGCUGCGAACCAGUCGCAGGUCGAGGGCAUGGUCCUCGCGAACUAGAGGAGUAGACAACUAACAACAUUUAUACAA